UAUUGGCGACCCCUUUGCACCGGCAAGAAGACUUGAAAGACUUUGUAACACAUAUUAAACACCUUCCCAAUUCUCAUCUCUCCAUUUUCUUUUUCUUCUUUCAACUCCCCAUCUUUAAUUUGGUCUCUUUGAUCUGGUUUAAGUCUUGUUACUGUUGUUAGGUUAUUUAUGGAGAAGGGAUGGGGCCUUACCCUUGGUAAUUCUGAUCCUGUGUCUAGUUUCUUCCACAACAAAACUAAUUCCACCGCUGGACCUGUCUUCAGGUUAAAACAGCACCCAGACAUGUUACAAUUCCCUGUUAGCCUUGCUGGCUCCAGGGAGGACCGCCCUGGAACCUCCUCUUCCUCCUCACCUGCCUCCGAUGACAACCGGGUGGCGGUUGAUGAGGUCGACUUUUUCUCCAAUAAGAAACACGGGGUUGUUGAUGAAAAGAAAACCGGUACUGUCAUCGUCAAGACGGAGACUACUUCUCAUGGUGGAGACGGUCCAAGCUCUGAUCAUUUGGAUGUAAAUACUGGGUUGCAUCUUCUUACGGUUGAUGAUGGGAAAUCAUCGGAAACGGAGGAUAAGCGAGAAAAGAAUGCGCUGGCGGAAUUACAAGCUGAGUUCAAACGUGUGAAUGUUGAAAAUCAGAAGUUAAGAAACAUGAUUAGUCAUGUCAGCAACAACUACACUGCUCUCCAGAUGCACCUUGUCACCUUAAUGCAACAACACAGGAACCGUGAAGCCAAAAACACCCAAGAACAUGAGAUUCAAGAAGUGAAAUCCGAAGUUAAAAAAGAUGAGGUGGUAGUGCCUAGACAAUUUAUGGAACUAGUCCCACAUUCAGGCACAGCUGAAACAGAUGAGAUGACUCAUCCUUCAUCAGAAGAAAGAACGCGUUCAGGGUCUCCUCCGAACAACGUGGAAGUUGCAUCCAAGGAUUCUAUCAAAGGCAACAAUGAAAUUUCUCAGUUUAAUCAGGAGGAGCGGGAUGGCAAGAGAAUUGAUAGAGAAGAAAGCCCAGAAUCUGAUGGCUGGGGUCCUAACAAAGCCCAAAAGCUGAAUCCUGCAAAGCCAAUUGAACAAUCUACAGAGGCCACCAUGAGGAAAGCUCGUGUUUCUGUUCGAGCUCGAUCGGAAGCUCCCAUGAUCAGUGAUGGGUGUCAAUGGAGAAAAUAUGGACAAAAGAUGGCGAAAGGAAACCCCUGUCCUCGAGCUUAUUACCGAUGCACCAUGGCAGUUGGUUGUCCUGUCCGAAAACAAGUUCAACGCUGCGCUGAAGAUAGAACAAUAUUGAUAACAACAUACGAGGGCAACCACAAUCACCCACUUCCUCCAGCUGCCAUGGCAAUGGCAUCAACAACAUCAGCAGCAGCUAGCAUGUUGCUUUCAGGGUCAAUGCCCAGUGCAGAUGGGAUCAUGAACCCAAAUUUGCUUGCCAGGACCAUCCUUCCAUCCUCCAGCAUGGCAACCAUUUCAGCUUCCGCUCCAUUCCCAACUGUAACAUUGGACCUUACUCAAUCACCCAAUCCUCUUAAAUUCCAAAGACCGCCUCCCCAAUUCGAUGGCCCUUUUCCGGGCCAACCCCAAAACUUAGCCUCACUUUCUUCCCCUCAAUUGCCUCAAGCUUUUGGUCAACCACCGUUUAAUCAGUCAAAAUUCUCAGGCCUGCAGUUGUCUAAAGACAUGGGGUCUUCACAGUUGGGCCACCCACAAUUGCAGCAGCCUCAGCUUCCCACGCUGGCCGACAAAGUAAGCGCUGCCACUGCUGCUAUCACCAAUGAUCCCAGUUUCACCGCCGCCCUCGCUGCUGCCAUCACCUCCAUUAUUGGUGGUGCUCACCCAAAUACUAGCAGCAACACUUCCAACAACGACAACAAGUAAUGCCAACACCACAAGGAGCAGUCAAUAGAUCAGUAGGUUUUUUUCCCCGUAAAUUAUUUAGGGACGACUUCUUUAUUGAACCCAAUUUCCUUGUUAUUUUUAUUUUUUUCUCAGUGUUCUUUAAUUGGGGGAUUAGGUGGAGAUUACAUGUUUAUAUCUUUUUGUACUUUGUUAUGGGAGAGGGUUAGUAAACCGUACACAAACUUCAUUCUUUUUUCUUAUUGCUGCUUCAUUUCAAUAAUCCAAUUCAGAAUUUCCAAGUAAAA